GAUCAGAAUAUUUUCAGUGUUUAUAUAAUUAUUACGUGAUAUGCUAUUUAUCUAAAUUAUCAACGUUAAGAUUUUGGUUAUGAUGAUCACGACAACGACGACGACAUUGCACCUGGAACGAUAAAAAUUCAUCGAUAACGACGCUAUCUUGGAUUUUCAGUCGGCCCUGAAUUAAAGUCAUAUCGUCAGUCAUUUGUAGAAGUAUAGGCUCAAAGUUUAGUGUUCACUAUUUAUCGUCUUUUUUAAUGAUUAUUGAUGCUAUACUUAAAUAUAGACCUAAAAAUUUCAAUGUGUCUAGUACAAAAAAAUUUGAAGCACUUGAACAAACAUCACGUCAUAUAUACGGUUUUUUGACGUAAAAAAUUGUAAUGACAUUGAAAGGACAAUGAGAAGGGAAGAAAGGUUAAUGUCGUUGUUUUCAAAUUGACAAUCUAGCUCAAGCAAUGUGUGUUGGAAUUACGGGUGACUAAUUAAACGUUAUAUCAAUAACAUGCUUUAAACUGGAUGAUAUCAGUACGUAUUAUAUUGUAUCUAUUUACUUGUUCAUCUAUAAUAUAUAUGGGUUUGAUAACUAAACGACGGUAAUUGUCAAGCUAUCAGUAUGAAAGUGCAGUGAAGUGUAGUGUACAAGGAGUGUAUAUAUCAAGCUUGACAAUUUUAACGAUGACACUUAAAAAAGAUGGGGAGAAAAGACAAUCAAAGAAACAUAAUAAAACGAGGAAAAGUAAAAUUUGUCCAAUCGAUGAGACUCUAAAAGCUGAGGAGAAUGUUACUAUUAAUGAUGAUGGUAAAAGUUACAGUUUGAAAACUGACACAGACGACAGCAGUGAAAAAAAUGGUGAAAAAAGGGAUUGUAAGCUCGACCGCAAGCCAUCAUUAAGACGAAAAUUGGGAGCUUUUCUUCGAGGGAGUGCUGACUUACCAGCUGCGAUUAAUCGUAGUUUUCAGCCGAUACGCAGGAGUUUUAGCUUCAACAAAGAUCUCCAUCGGGUUUAUGAACCUGAAUACAGAACUAGGAAUGCUUCGUGGUACAACAGUCUGAGUUCUUUGGCUGAAGUUGAUUCAAAGGAUGAAGGAGUUGGACAAAAUACUCACAAAGAUGAUGCAAUUCUCAAUGGACCACUAACUCUCACAAGAACACACAGUUUCCUGGAAGAUAAAUCUACAGUCACAAGAAGAAAAUCCAAGUCAACUGGAUUAAAGUUUGUCUAUGGACGACAUAGUGACCAUUAUGACUCUUCUGUAGACUUAAGUAAACCACCUUUUGAAGCAUGCAGCCUUCCAGUUUUGACACAAUUCUCCGCAGACAAAGAUGAAGUGGAACCACUGCGAGAUUUCAGAAGAGAAAGCCGAGGCUGGAACGGAUGGGGAAUUCUGAGAGCGAGUGCACGAAAUUCUCUUAUACGGCUCAGCACAUCCGGAUCCAAAGAACGUCCAGAUUAUUCGGUACGCUCCAGGUCUUUGAGCCAACUUGACAUGCUGGACACGGGGGAACAUAAUCUUUCUGGUGGAGGAACACAGCAGUCACCACAGAUGACACAUCAUCGCUAUCCAAGCCCUCAUCAACCACCACUUCUAUUUUCUCCUAAUCCUGCUGACUGUAGUCCUCGACUACUGGUUCCAAGCUCAACUUUAACUACAGACACUUCGUAUUCUUCCAACAAAAAUCGUCAUAAGCUUUCCCGCUCACAGGUUUCCAGUAGCGAGUACUUCAGUGUGAGCUUUGAAGUUGGUACCGAAAAUAGUUCCUUGGAGCGUGAAGAAUUUUUACCAGCAACCAAAGGAACAUAUUUAGGAGAAAGUCUUGGAGCAGCUUGUGAACGUCGUGGCAUUGAUUUAAGUCGUGUUGACGUUUACUUGGAUGCAUUUUCUACACCUUUACCAGUUCAAACAACAGAAACUUCUUGCUUAGGCGGCAGACAUUUGCGAGUCACUGCCAAAGAUGAGAAGCCGGUAUCACGGUCAGCCAGUCAAAAAAGUAGCCAAAAUGUUUCACUUCGUAAAAGCAGUAGCACUUAUCGUGGACGUGGCAGUCGAUUUUUUAGCAUAUCAACUGAAGACUCAAGCAUGGAUUCAGAAAUAGGUCCAACAGGGAUGUUGACAGCUACCAAGGCCUCUUCAACUGCAGCAUCAGGAGUAAAAGUAAGCAAGCAACGGUGGAGUGGUUUCUUUACCAAUACAAAAGGAACUAAAAUGGAAUUACUGGUGGAGCAACUUAACAGCUAUACGAAACAUGGUGUACCGCGUUUACCAGAGAUACAAUUGCCAUAUGACCUCAUGACCAAUGAGGAAGAGUUAUACGCAUUAGAAGAAGACUGGCGUGACAUCGUAGAAAACUGGGACUGCUUGACUGAGAAGCAACAACAACAACAGACAGCUCUUUGGGAGUUAGCUCAAACGGAAUUAGCUUAUAUUAAGACUCUUAAAGUAGUCACAGACCUCUUUAUGGCUUGUCUCUGUAGUUUACAAGCAUCAAACAUAUUAAUUGAAGUGGACCGAAGCAAACUCUUCAGUAAUAUACCUGAAAUCUACGCAGCAAACCGCUACUUUUGGAGUGAACAUGUAUUAAGGAUGAUGAAUGCCUCCAGAUCUACGGGUCAUUUGCUUGAUUCCGGGCAUCUUUUGCAAGGCUUUGAAACUUUCGAACAAACUUUUGCUCCUUACACGAGAUAUUGCUCCGAACAAAGUAAAUGCCAGCAAUACUGUAGAGAUCGACUCAACGACAACGAACUAUUUACGGCCUACUUAGUUUGGUGUGAAACUCAAAAAGACUGUAAUCGACUGAGACUCUUGGAUAUACUAGUAAAACCAAUGCAGCGAUUAACGAAGUAUUCAUUGCUUCUCAAAGCUAUUCACAAAAAUACAGAAGAUGAAGAGCAGCGUACAGAAUUAACUAUAAUGAUUAAAUGUGUAGACAACUUUGUGGCAUCAGUAAAUGCUGCAUUACGAAGAUCCGAAGAAGCUGCACGAUUAGCUAGUGCAGCAACACGUCUGGACUGUUAUGAUGUCGUUGAAUCUAGAGAUGAAGAACUUGAGAAGUUAGUUAAAUCAUAUUGUAAUCUUGACAUUACAUCUGCACCUAUGCCUGGCUGUCCCAAGAACUCACUAAGAACUCUUCUAAGGGAAGGAGACUUAAAGUUACGAGACGCUGCAACAAGCAAAACUGAGGUACAUGCUUUCCUCAUGACUGACAUGCUAUUAUUAUGUAAACCAUCAACUAAAAAGGGAUCAGUAACUGGUGGUUCUGGUGGUAGUGCAGGAAAUUUGAAAAUAAUCCGACAACCUUAUGUCAUUGAUCGCCUACGAAUUCACGAGUUAAAGGAAUCGUGUAGUCUUGGCUUAGUAUACUUGAAUGAAUAUGGAGUAGCGUCAGCGGCAUUUAUUUUAACAGCUUGUGAACCUAAACUUGCAAAGGUUUGGAUGGAAUCUUUACGCAAAGCUCAACAGCAGUUUGCAAUAAUGAAGAUUCCACCAUUGGGUGAAAUUCCGCCUGUGGCAACAGUAAGCAGACAACCAAGUACUUAUUUAGGGGACGGAGACUUUGAGUUGGAAGAAAAUGAAGUUUUACCGAGAACACCCCGGGGAAGUAGUCGAGCUUCACGCGUCAGUAGUCUAGCACAUAGCCAUAGUGGUAGCAUUGAAAUGGAAGGUGUAUCUCCCGGUGGGAGCAGUUUUCUUCCAAGUUAUAACCCUAGUAGAAAUGUCAGCGUUGAUACAAAUGAACCACCUCAUGGAUCUAGUGUAUCUUCUGAAGAAGGUUUAGAGCUGGGGUUAAGUCACAAUCAUAGGCCGCUUCAAGUGAGACGCUCAUUACUGAGUAAAUCACCAACACCGAAUACAUUGAGCGUCCAAGUUCCUGCUUAUUCAAGCCUAGGGCAAUCAUUACCUAAUCUAACACUCGCAACUUCACCCCAAACAUCAACGGUGUCACCUACGCCACCUAAUUCACUUCUUAUUGUUCCACAAAUCACCAAAAGCAAGGAUACUUUACUUUCUCCUGGACAUCGAGGUAUUUCAUAUCCUCCUCCAUCCCCACCAAGAGGAGCAUUAAGACGAGCACUUGCUAUACCACAGUCUAGAAAUCCUCCUUUAAUCAAAACGAGACACAUAAAUGCAUCUGUGGCUUCAUCCACGUUUCAAUCGGCCAUAAGUUUUGACACUGAAGCGAUAGAAGAGAGACGCAGAAGGCUGGAAUCCACUCAGCGUGCUCCAUCGUUCAGUGGUACUGUUAAAGAAGAAAAAAAAAGUGAAGAAAAUCGAUAAUAAAUCUUUAUCCUUUGAGAGGAUAUUGAAAUUUCAUAGUCGAAGAUGUGAAAAGACGUAAGUCUUGUUAACAAAAGCUUCGGCAGUUUUUGGAAUGCCAUAACUACGUGCACAGAUUACACAAUCUUGCAUGCAGAAUAAACGGCAUUUUUUUUACCUUUAUCAAGUUGUUUUUGUACACACAUAUAGGGGCCACUUUAAAUCAACGUGAAUUGUGAAAUUUAUAAUGACGACCAUAUAGAUUAUAUUAUAUAUAUAUAUUAUAUCUAGUGUUCAAAAUUCGCAUUUCCAUCGAAUUUUUUUGUUUACUAUUGCUGCGCAAUUUGUGAAUGAUGGAAUUAUAAUCAAUGUUAAAUUUUUUUUAGAACUUUAAGGAAAAUCAAGGCCUAUGUAGAUUUAAUUAAUUCAUGAAUUAAUGCAUAUUAAUAAAAUUAGAAAACAAUUAAUAUGUUAAAUGUAAUUAGGAAUGAAAUUUUGGCUUAUAGAGAUGAGAAAAGUAUAAUGAUUGUUCAAUAAUUUAUAAUAAAAUAUGAACAAUAUUGUAGAUAAUCAAAUAAUCUUGAUAUAAUGAAUUAAGUUAAAUAAUAUUCUGACGACUGACUUGAUAUUCCAUAUUUUAAAAAGAGAAAUUUAUCUUUGGGAUAUUAAACUAUGUUCGUCAAAUAUUUAUUGUUAUGGAUUAUUUAUAAUUUAUAGACUGAAAACUGCGAUAUCUACGAUCGCGUUAUACGAAUUAGGGACAAUGCUUGAUUCUGUAGCGCAUUAUUUUGUUAAUUUUUUAUUUUGCAUAUAUUAAUUA